AUGGUAAGAGAAAACUCAGGUUUUAGGCCAUUCUUGGCGAAAUUUGGGGUAGUCGUUGCUCUCUCUUUUGCUGGCUUCCUUUAUUCUCGACUCAAAACUCGAAAGCUCAGACGAUAUUGGCCGUCCCCUCCAUUCCUUCGUGUUCCGGAUUGUUUCUUCGACAUUGAUUCCAGAGGAAAUGAUCGCCAUAAAGAUAUGUUACCAACAUCUGACCCUGAAGAAAUGUCCAUGCAACGAACAAGUGUUGAUAAUGCUUCUUUUGAUCUUUCUCCUCGCAACAAAGACGUCGGAGAUGUGUUUCUAUCGCCGGAAUAUUCAGACAACAUCGGGAGCUCCCCUAACCUCGAAACUGAGACACCCGUGUUAGACUUAGACAAUCCAAGAGACUUUAGGAGUGCAGAUAAAGACGAUUACGAACAAGAAAUCAAGUACCUAAGAAACAUGGUGAGAAUGCUCAGUGAAAAAGAGAGAAACCUCGAAAUCCAGUUGCUCGAAUACUACGGCCUCAAAGAACAAGAAACAGCAGUAUUGGAGCUCCAAAACCAAUUGAAGAUAAACAAAAUGGAGGCCAAGAUUUUCACGCGCAGGAUCGAGUCGUUACAGUCGGAGAACCAGAGAUUAGAGGCCCAGGUUUCGGAUCACGCGAGGGUCAUCGCGGAGCUCGAAGCUGCAAGAUCGAAGAUCAAGGUUUUCAAGAGGAAACUCAGGCAGGAUGCUGAGCAGAGCAGAGAGCAGAUAUUAAGCCUUCAAAAGAGGGUUUCUAGGUUGCAGGAACAGGAACUCAAGGCGGCUGCUACUAAUCAGGAUUCCGAAUCUAAUUUGCAGAGGCUCAAGGUUUUGGAAGUGGAAGCUGAAGAGUUGAGGGAAGCUAAUCGGAGAUUACAGCUGGAAAACUCUCAACUUUCUCAGAAGUUGCAGUCUACCAAAAUCCUUGCAGAUUCGGAUAAUCCCGAGGCAGAAACAAGUGAAAUGAUGAACAAUUUGAGGGAAGAAAACCAAAAACUGACGAAUCAAAACGAAAAGCUGAAAGCACAAAAGUUCACCGAUGUUGAAGAACUGAUGUACCUUCGUUGGGUGAAUGCUUGCUUGCGAUACGAGCUGAAGAACAACAAGCCCCGUGCAGGCAAAAGAUCGAGAGAUUUAAGCAAAACCCUAAGCCCGAGGUCCGAAGCGAGGGCCAAAAAGCUCGUACUCGAAUACGCCAAAGCCGAAGCCACAAUUGCCGAUAAAGGGAAGACCAACAACACCGAUUCGGAUUGCGAUCAAUGGUUGAACUCGUCCCCCCAACCAUCCAUCGCCAUCGAUUAUUCUUCGGGCGAUAAUUCGUCGACUUCGAAACCUGUCAACAAGACCAAGUUCUUCAAGAAACUCAGGAAAUUGCUACGGGGAAAAGACACGAGUAAAACCGACGAAGAUGCUGAAUCGCCGACGUCGAAGAGUUCAUCGACAACGUCGUUGGAUAUCCCGAGAGGGAGUACGAAAGAUCCAGAGAAAUUUCGAAGGAACAGCGAUUUCGGUUCUUAUGGAUUCAAAAGAUUGAUGUCCGGCAAGGAUGAUGAUCUCGAAUCACCAGUUGAAACCCAGAAAUUCUAUCAGGAUUCUGAUUCGAUUCUCAAAUCUGAUCUGUUCAAGUUUUCGGAAGUUUUGAAACAGCCAGCACCUAAACCGGGGAAAGGAAAGAUACAGAAAGCAGCAAGCAUAAAGUAA